AACAGUUCUGACGGCCGAAUAGCAGCCACCGGACCAAUGGCUCCCGCCUGCACCAUCUUGCACCAUCAGCACCAUGAAUGCAGGUGUCAGUUAAGGGGCCCCCUUAUCUGACAGAGGGGCCGAUGGAGAGAAGAAAACCGCCAUUUUUUCGAGCGGCAGGGAAGAGCCGAGCUGAGACCAGUGGAGGGAGGAUGGAACCUAGCAGGUCAGCUGUUAGUGGCACCAUAGAAGAUGUGGCUCCAGAUGCCCUUCUUCGACAGAAUCAGGACUUGCGACGGAGACUGGAAGAUGAAGCAGCAAGUUAUAAGCGUAGGUUGGAGACAUACCGACAAGCGCAACAACAUCAAGCAGCCUUAGUCAGCCGACUGCAAGCAAAGGUCCUGCAGUAUAAGCAGCGAUGUGCAGAACUAGAGGGCCAAAUGGCAGAAGGUUUAGCAGGGUCUGAGUCUCCGAUUAGAGCAAUGGCUGGCUCAGCUCCUUCCUCACUUGAAAUAAGAGAGGGCAGGAUCCAUGAUCUUGACACUGCACUGAGAAGACUGGAUGAGGAGCGCAAGAAAUGUGAAAAGAUGAUGCAAGUAAAUGCAGCCCUUCGUGAUCAGUUGGAAGAAUCGCACCAAACCAAUGAUGCUCUCACAUCAGACUUGCAGAAGCUCACUAAUGACUGGGAACAGUUGCGAGAGGAAAUGUUGAUUAAGGAGGACGAAUGGAAAGAAGAAGAGCAGGCUUUCAACGAUUACUACACAAUGGAGCAUAACAGACUUCUUAAUAUCUGGCGAGAUGUUGUUUCUGUCAAGAGGAUAUUUGCUGAAAUGAAAUCAGCAACAGAGAGAGAUCUGUCUAAACUGAACUCUGAAAUGUCGUCAGCAACUCGAGAAAUGACCAAUGUUUGCAGCGAGAUAUUUAAUGUGACAAGGACAGCUAGCAAGACAGAGGGUCGACAGCAGCUGCAGCUUGAACAGGAAGCAGCAGACUUGAAAUCGCAGAUUAAUUCCCUUCAAGGUCAGCAUGAGGCAACUCUGUUUGAAGUGAAGCAAAAAGAAGAGAGAAUUCAACACCUGCUGAGAGAAAUUCAGAAUCUGGAAGAAAGAUGUGGAGAGGCAGAACAUGAAGUGGGACAAGUGAUUCACAUGCAGGAAGAAGUGGAGUUGUUGCAGAAUGCUCUUCGUGACAUCGCACAUGCUGUGAUCCAGGACGCAGAGAGUCGGGAUGCUGAGCAGCCUCAUGCAGCAACACACCUGCAUCUUACUCCUGCUGGUCCGGUGCCUCAGCGUUUAUAUGAUUAUCUGCCAGACAGUAAGCUGCAGCUGUCACCAAAAAGAGCUUUGCGCACACCUACUUCUCCAGCUUUUGCAGAAAGUACUAUCUCUGCUGUCCAAGCUGCACUACACAAAUACCAGCUUCAAAUUCAUGAGUUGCAGGUGAAGCUUCAGUCAAGCAAGGAACAGCUGAUACUUUUCAAGAGACAGUGCGAGAAUGCUGAAGACAGUCAGCAAACCCUGGAAACUAAAGUGGGGGAACUGACGGAGCAGCUUGAUUCCUGUCGUUCCCGUUGCUCACAGCUGGUGCAGGAGAAGGAUUUGCUGCAGAAAUCUCUUGAUUCUGUUCGGAGUGAGAAAAAUGCUUUAGACAAAAACAGAAUGGAAAUCAAUGCAAUGAUUGAUGCACUGAAUUCUGAUUAUGAGAAACUUCAAAAGGCAAAUGCAAAACUACAGAAGGUGUCAGACAGUCUGGAAGAUGAGAAACUGUUCUUACAGAGUGAACUCAACCGAACGACUAAAGAUGCAGAAAUCAGAGAAUUGAAUCUGAGGGCUGAGGAAGACAGAUGCAGUCGACUUAGGGAAGAACUGCUUACAUUAAGAGAGGACCUGAACAAAGCUUAUCUGUCUCAUGACAUGCUGGAGCAACAGAAGAUGGAAUCAGAUGGUCACAUAGCCCAAAUAGAGAAGAACAAAGGGGAUCUGGAGUUAGCACUGGAGCGUAUCCUGUUGGAGAAGUCUGAUGGCCAGGAGACAUUAGCCAAGCUGGAAACAGUGUGCAGUAGCUUGGAGCAAGAUAAGAAGAGAUUACAAGAUGCAGUUAAAAAGGUGGAAGAGGAGAAGGCAUCUCUUCAGAGCCAGUGUACAGACCAGCAGAAUGACUUGGGGUCUCUCAGGAAAGAACUACUCCAGGCUGAGCAAACACGCCUGGACCUGGAGUCAGACAAAGUCUCCCUCCAGGAAAAGAAUAAAUUCCUGGAGAUCGAGAAAGAGAAAGUGGAACUAGAAUUGGGCCAAGUGUCUAAGGAAAGGGGAGAUCUAAGUAACCAGCUGUCGUCACUAGCUCGAAAGAAAGAGGCACUGAAUGAAGAAUUGAUGAGAAUAAGGCAAAGAAUGGAACAAGCCAAUGAGACUAAUGCUCGCCUCAAUCGUGAUUUGGAAGAUCUUAUGAAAGACAAAGAGGAAAAACAGGUUCUUCUCGAAGCAAAUGAAAAAGAACUUCAGCGGCUUCAAGAACAGUUUGCUUCAUUAAGAAGUGAGAAAGAUGCUCUGGAAGGAGUUCUCUUUGAUACACAAACAAACUUGGAAGCUACUGAUACCAAACGCAUGCAACUAGAGAAAGAGCAGCAGGAUCUGCUGGUGAAACAGGAGGCUUUGAAAGGUGAAGUGUGUCGUCUAACUCGUGACUUGGAAACCUCUGAGAAACGUGCACAAGAGAUGAAGAAUUCACUAACUCAGCAAGCUAGUACACAAGAGGCAGAGUUCCAGCAAGUUAUUGCCAACCUCAAGAAGCAAAAUGAAGAAACUGUGAGGAAACUGACAGAGGAAAGGGAGCAUAUCAGAAUCUCCUUAGAGAAAAAGAUGCAGCAGACAGUUCAGCAGAUGGGAGGAGAGAAGGAUGGUGAGAUUCAGCAGCUCCAACAGAGGAUAGAAGUACUGCAGCAACACAUUGAGAAAAUUUGUCAACAGCAUGAAGAAGUUCUGCUCAGAGCAGAGAAUGACAAGCAGCAAGCUCUGCUCCUUGCUCACCAUGACCAGCAAGCACUGCAGGAGAAGUUGGAUGGUGUUCAGAGAGAACUGGAGGAGGAGCAGGGAGCUCUGGAUCGACUGCGGAGAGAUGCUUCAACAAGAGCAGAACAGGACCGUGGCAGCAUCAGUCAGCUUCGGGAUGAACUUACCCGCUUCAAAACAAGACUUGAAGAGACCAGAUUGAAGGCAGAAGAAGAGAGGAACCGACUAGAUGGCAAGAUUGAGGAGGUACGCAAGGAGCGGGAUGUGGUGCAGCAGGAAUGUGAAGAGCUGAAAGUGCAGCUCCAUCUAACAGAGGAUCGUCUUGAUGCAAACCAGAACCAACUACAAGAAACUGCACAUAAACUCAAAGAAGCUGAGAACAGCAGUGAAACAUUGCGCAAGGAGCUGACUGAUGUACGAAGGCAGCUGACAGACAGCAACUAUGAAAAAGAGAAGUACAACAGUUCUAACAAGGAGCUCCGAGAUUACGUGAAGAGGAUUGAAGGGGAAAAGAGAGAGCAAGGAAGAAGUCUGGAAGAAGCUUUCCAGAAAAUUUCUGCACUGGAAGAUGCAAAGACUGGUCUAGAAGUAGAACGUGCACGUCUUCAGGCACAAAUUCGAGACUUGGAGCGACAGCAUUUGCAGACAUCCCAUCAGCUACAGAGUGCACAAGAAGAGUUGCAGAGGUCCCAUGCUACCAGCACUCAGAUCCAGAAUGAAGAGAAGGAACUGCAGGCACGUCUUACCACAGAAAUUGAGGAGAAGGAGAGAGCACAGCAGGAAUUGCAUCAGCUCAAGAAACAGAUUGUUGAGCUUGAUGGAAGCCUUGACCUUUCAAGGCAGGAACUAAGUCGAAUGCGUUCGCAUGGAGAGGAAGAAGAGGAGCGUUGGAGAGCCAGAGAACAAGAAUUGCUUGUGCGACUUGAGGAUGGUCGUGGCAGAGAAAGGAAGCUUGAAGAUCAGAAACACAACUUGGAAGUUUGUCUGGCAGAUGCUACUCAGCAAAUUCAGGAACUGAAGGCUCGUUUGGGAGGAGCUGAGGGCCGAGUACGUGCUCUGGAUGCACAGUUAAUGCAGUUGGAAGGAGCCAAGAAGGAAGUGGAGCAGAAACUAAGUAGUGUUGGCUCUACACUGAGAAGAAUUGCAGGAAUACAACUUGAUGGUAGUGUGACUUUGCCCUACAAACUGAUGAGUCCUUCAAGAAGAUGGAGUCCUGCCAAAGUUCAAGACCACGGUGAAGGGCGAGGAGAUGGUGUAAUGGAUGUGGACCCAGAAAUUAUAAGGAAAGGUGUUCGCUCCCUGAUGCAGCAGGUGGCACAAAUAGAACGAGAGAGGGAUGACUUCAAAACCCAAGUUCUGAGUGCAAAGAAACAACUGCAAGAGGCACAGGAACUACACAACAAAGUGGAUGCAAAACUGAAUACAGCCUUGCACAAUGUGAGAGCUGUUCAGGAGGAGAAAGGCACUUUGGAAGCUAAAUUGGGCCAGAAGCAGGCUAUGUUACAGGCUCAGACAGAAGCUCUUCAGCAGAAAACUGAAGAGGCGCAGCAGAUGAGAGAGAAAGUAAUGGCUCUGGAGCUCACCAUUAGCAGUGGGGCUGAAGAAAAGGGACAGUAUGAGGAUAAACUUGAUAAAAUGAGGCAAGCCAUGUCCAGACUGGAGAGCGAGAAACGUAGUCUGCAAGAUGAACUGAGCCGUAAUGAGUCACGGGCCACAAAAUUAGAACUGCAAAGGUUAUCCUUAGAAGGAGACCUGCAGCGUCUGCAGAUGAUUCUGCAGGAGAAGGACUCCCAUGUGCAGAAGUUGCAGGACAAGUGUGAAAUGCAAGGGCGGAAUCUUGCAAGUCUUGAAGAGCGUUGUUCUUCAUUAAAGUCAACUGUCGACCAACUGAACUUAACACUGGAACGAGCGAACACUGGGGAAGCAGAAAUGAGGGCUGAGAUUCAGAGUCUGCAGCGAACUUUGCUGGACACAAGUUCAACCUCACAAUCAAGUACUGAGAAGCUAAAACAGCUUCAGAAAUCACUGACCAACAGUGAGAAUGAGCGCAGGGUUGUCACAGAACGUCUGGAAGCAUCACAACAAACGCUGGUAGAGUUGCGACGUAUGAACCAGCACCUCACUGAUCAGAACCAGCGGUUACAGACUGAGUUGGCAAACAAUGAGGUUCAACGCUCUGGUCUUGAAGCUCAACUGAGACUGGCUAGCUGGCCACCAGAGGGUGCAGGACCAAGCAGCAAGGAUGAGGAAUUGAUGCAACAAUUACGGACAUCACAGCGUGAACGCAUGGAGCUCCGAGGAAAAGUGGAAUCUCUGUCAGACAAGAUUCGCCAGUUGGAAGCAGAGAAACACAACCUGGAGAGAACCUAUGUUAAGACAGCAGUUGGCCGUAGCAAGAGCUAUGAACGGCCAGAGAAGGAGAUGAGCUCCCAUGGCUUAGAGCAAGAAAACCGGAAUCUUCGUAUGCAAGUAUGUCGUUUAGAAGCUCAAUUAGUGGACAAAGAGACAGAAAUCAGCAGAUUACGCUCUCAGCUCUCAUCAGAUCUGAAACCAGACCGCACUGCAGAGAUAGAGAGGCUGAGAGCAGCCCAGUUGCAGGCAGAAAGGCUCCUAGAAGCGAGAGAACAGUCCCACCGGCAACAAAUUCUGCGAUUAGAAAAUCAGAUACAGUUGCUGAGAGAGCAACUGAAUCAAGAGGUGAAGCGCAGGCAACUCUAUGUGUUGAGGAGUUCCCGCACUGGGAGAGAGAUGCAGCAACUGAGGCAAGCUCUGGGGGAUUCACUGCGUACUGUAUCGCAGGAUCCAUCACUAGAUGCAUUAUUAUUAGAGCAUGAGGCCCGGAAGCUAGAUACAACCCUUGCAUCAGCAUCCAGCCUUCCUCCUGCAACAACCGUUGCUCUACCACUUCCAACCCCCCAUCAUAGCUAUUCCAUUUCUUCUCCACAUGAUGUGGCAAGAUCUACUACUCCGCAGCCCAAGUAAAGAAUAUCAUAUGUACAAUAUUUACAAGAGGUUUAUUGUGAUAUUUUUAAAUAUGGUCAGUAUAUUAACUUACUCAUCACUGCCAAUAAAUAUUUUAUCAAAUGUAUUCAUUCAAGUGAUCUCAUAAUAUACAUUUUUUAACCUCUUUAUAGUAUCUACAUAUUGAAAGAUUUUUUUUCCGUUUGUAAUUAUAUCAGGAAUGUAUUCAGUAUUGUCAUUAGACCAUGCUAAUUUAUUAUCAUUCCUAUUUCCCUUGUUAAGUUUUCAUAUGUUUGAUCUUACAAUUUCAGGUACUGUAUAUAACAUGGUCAAAUGUAUGGUUGCAAAUAUGUAAGCCUCUUAUGCAGUAAGGAGUGUGAAAAUUUUCUAGCUCUUUAUGUCUUAAGUUUAUGUUGUUGUGAUAGUUCAUUUGAUAUAACUUGUUGCCAUUUUCCUGAUAAAGUUCUUAUAGAGAACCCCAAAGUAAUGUGAAAGCUGAGGAACAAAAUACUAGUGUAUAUGUUCCUUGAUGUGUAGCAAGUGGGCUAAGGCAAGUGCCAACUAAAUGUCUGCUGUCCAACAUGCAUUUAUGAAACAUCGACUCAUUAGCCUGUGAUGGGUGGAAUGUAGAACUUCAUGGCUAUGGGAAUCAUGUCCUUCAUAUUAAGUGAUGCUGACUGUAAAAUUAAAACUGCCAUUUCACAUGUUUUUAAAACAUUUAGCUUUAGAUGUAAUAGCCAUGUCAAUAUACAUUUUUGGGAGGUAUUUUUGUGUGUGCAAAAUGUCACACCUGGAAAGUUGUGCUUUUUAUCCACAGUCCAAUUUUAUAUAAACAGAAAUGACAAAUUACCAGACAGCAAAACAUAAAUCUCAGUCAGAUAUAUACGUACAUCUGAGAAGUUGCCUUGUGAUUGAGUCUGUGACUUAAUCCACAAUUUUAUAUUUAUUUUUAUUUACAUUAUAUUUUGUAUGGAAGCCUUAUUAUGUGCCUGUCACACCAGAACUUGCAAGUUUGUUACAGGAUAUAAUAAUGUAAUAUAGACAUAUAUGCUGUGAAUACAUUUAUUGCGAUAAGAACUGAAUUUUUAUUAAAGAAUUCUGUAAGCAUCAUUACUGCCUUGUAAUUCUUCAUGUUGUACUCUGACAGAAGAACUUGCUCCUGGUCAAAGUAAAGUGACUGUUUGUUGAUUGUCUUUUGUGUUUUUGUUCAUCAUGGAUAUAUGACAGAUGGUGUAUGCUUACAAUAUAAUCCCUAGAAUAGGCAUUGAAAUAUAUGCUGUUCAACACUGAGUACACAUAUCCAUGCUGACAAAAUGUGGAUAGCACACCAAGCCCACGUGUAUGCUCACAUUGUCCUCAAAUAGUUUUAUCUGAAUUGCAUUUAUUGCUGUGCAAGGUUUCAGAAAUUUCAUUUCCAAAUAUUCCCCUAAGCCUUCAAGAAAAUGAACCAACUUGUGAAAAUGUGUGCAGUAGUAGACAUAUUUAGAAUUAUAUUGUAUCAAGGAGUAUCCUUUUUAUCAUAGCCAAAAAUAAUUUCAUUUUCCUGAGGUGUACGAAAAUAAGGCUAAAGGUAAAAGGUACCCUGUGCUAAAUGAAUUAAGCACAAUGCUAAGAAUGAUAGAGACUCGAGAGAGUGUAGGUGUAGCUCCAGUAUUUCUUAACAUUUGACACUAGAUGGAGUUUGGUGGUUAGCUGCAUGCCCUGGCCACUUUACUCCUGGCUAAAAAGACUCCACUACACAGUAGGGAGGAGUCUGGCUAGACUUGAUAUAAUGAAGAAGAGAGAAGUCUCCAUCUCCGCUUGGAUUUGAUUCUCCAGUUGUCCAGCACGUAGCUUUGCCACUAUACCAAAUAAACUGUCCAGCUCACACAUGGCAUGUAACUUCUUUAGUAAUUAUUGUGGUUUGCCUAUUCCAGUGUCUUAAUAUGAGACUGAAUGAGUGAAACUACAUUUUUAUGUACAUGUUGCAAUAUAAAGUUAGUACAUCACAUUAAAUGUUGGAUAAAGUAUGUCUGUAAUCCACCUGUAGUGUUUCAUGAGAUGUAUUAGUGAUAAGUUGAAACUUACAAUUGACAUUACCUCCAACUUAUAAAUUUGUUUGACUCACAAAGCUACUUAUUGCCUGAAUAAUCUUGUUAAAACAAUAAUUGUUUGUAAUUUCAUCUCAUCUAUGUGAGAAUACUGUUCUAUUGUCAUUUUCAUUAUUAGAGCACUCUUGGGACUUGCUAUGCUUGGUUCUCCUCAAGCCCAAAACUCCUUUUCACAGAAAUGUUACCAGUAAAACAACAUGUAAAGAGGAAUGUUCCUAUUCUUACAUAGCAACAGUCCAGGGUCUUGGAACACAUAUACUACCGUGUUCCUAUGAUAAGAUUUUACCUACUGGGCCAGCCAUUUCCCACAAUAGCCAAAUUUUUAGCUUAGUGCAUUUGAAAUGAAAGUGGAAGGGAAUAAGUGACAAACUGAUGUCAGUGAGUAUAUAUUUUAACUCUUUUGAGCUUCAACAAGUUACAUUGAAAAUUUCUCUGCAUUUGAUUGAUGUGUAUAAGAGAAAGUGGCUUUUAUGUACACUAGUGGCAGCAUUGUUUAAACUUGAAGGGAUUGCCAAUGACACACAGUAAACUUCAGCGCAUUGGUUGAUGGAAUUGACAGUGAAUGUUUUUAAGACGUGUAAACUAGAAAAUAAUGACAAUCAGUUUCAUUCAGGUAGAUGAUUUUAAUUUAAUUUAUUUUAUCACUAGGUAACUUAUGUAUCAGCCCACCCAUGUGUAUGCAGUUGCCAUUUUAAACAAAUAAAUAAAACUAGACCCGUAGAUUGUAAAACAUGUCAUGUGGAUUUAAGCUGCCAUCUCCAUGCAGAUUCCAGAGUUAUUCCUUUCAGUGUUCACCUGUAGCGACAUACAUAAAAUACUGCAAAAAAUUGAGAUUACAUUUGUUGAUUACACUACAGUACAGACAUCUUUUUGGAGUAAUGUGUGAAAGAGUGGUGCUUUGAAUUUCAUGGUUCAUAUUGCAUGUAUUUAAUGGGGUUUGUCGUAUCUGGCAAUUUUCAAGUUCAGUGUGUACAGCUUUUUCAACAUACGAACUACUCUUGCACCUUUGUAAUCAUGUGUACUAUAUUUCACCACAGUUUUGUUCUUUGUAUUAUCAGAUAUUAUGCGAUAAAUGUUAAGUUUAUUGUUACCAAGGCCACAUACGAUCACGGAAAAUCUGCACAUAUGAUGUUAGUAAUGUUGACAGAGAUCCAUAUAUAUCCUGAAUAAAUGAAGCUUUGUAAUCUUGA